GCUGACAACUUUUCAGCAAUUCUUUGUGAACUAAUCUGACAGCCCCUCCAGCUGCCAUUGGAUAGCUCUUCUCUAUUCUACGAAUAGUUCCCAAUGAUCAGUCUGUGGCUGGGCUUUAAUUCCCACACUGUGCACAAUAUUGGGGAGAGAGAGAUUAUGACUCUUUCUUUUUUUUCCAUAUGUGGACCAUUUUAAACGUUUUACGCAGGGAACUGGAAUUGCCAAGGAUGACAAUUAAUCAGAGUGACAAUUAAUCUUUAGAUUAACUGAUAGCUCCUUUUUCUCCCUGCACUUGGAGAAACAUUGGCUUUGUGCACAGGAGAUCCCAGAGGCAAAGGCGAUGAUGUCAUUCCUGCGCUGACAGGUGUAGGCACCCGGGUCCAGGAGGGAGCGGCGGCAGCUAGGCCGAGCCCGGACCGCACCUGCGUGCCGCAGGAGCCAGGCGCCGAGUCGCCGGGCAGGAAGUGGCUGCGGCUGCGGGAGGACGGACGGGCGGGCGGGGAGGGACGCGCCCGAAUCCCAGCGCAUGGAGCCAGUCCUCAUGGCGGCGCCGGCGCCCACGGGUCCCGAGGACGACGACGCCUCGGCCGUCCUAGACGAGCUGUCUCGGAACUUCACGUACUGGGCGCCAGGCCCGGGCAACGGCUCGCUGUCAGGCGCCUGGUAUCGCAGAAACCAGAUUCACCUUUUUGGAGUUUUGCUGGCCAUUUUAGGAAACAUGGUUAUCAGCAUUUCCCUAAAUAUCCAGAAAUAUUCUCACCUUCACUUGGCCCAGAAAGAGCACCCGAAGCCAUACUUUACGAGUGUGCUUUGGCUGGGUGGAGUCCUGCUGACGGCCAUAGGAGAGACUGGCAAUUUCGCAGCCUAUGGGGUCGCCCCCAUCACUGUGAUCGCACCACUGGGGUGCGUGUCAGUUACAGGUAGUGCUGUAAUUUCUGUUAUAUUUCUAAAAGAAAAUUUGAGAGCCUCGGAUUUACUAGGUAUGACACUAGCAUUUGCAGGAACAUAUUUAUUGGUGAAUUUUGCUCCAAAUAUCACCCAGGCUAUCUCAGCAAGAACAGUACAGUAUUACUUUGUUGGCUGGCAGUUCCUGAUCUAUGUGAUUUUAGAAAUCCUAAUUUUCUGCAUCCUUCUGUAUUUCCAUAAAAGAAAAGGAAUGAAGCACAUUGUGAUCCUGCUCACCCUGGUGGCACUCCUUGCCUCAUUGACUGUGAUUUCUGUGAAAGCUGUCUCAGGCAUGAUCACUCUUUCCAUGACGGGUAAAAUGCAACUAACUUACGCCAUCUUCUACAUCAUGCUUGUCAUCAUGAUAGCCUCUUGUGUUUUCCAAGUCAAAUUCCUGAAUCAAGCCACAGAACUCUACACAAUGACCACAGUGGUGCCAGUCAACCAUGUUUUCUUUACAACCAGCGCUAUCAUCGCAGGUAUCAUAUUUUACCAGGAAUUCCUUGGUGCUGCUUUUCUCACUGUAUUUAUAUAUCUUUUUGGGUGCUUUCUGUCAUUCCUUGGAGUAUUUUUAGUGACAAGAAAUAGAGAAAAGGAACAUCUACAACAGUCUUUUGUUGACUUUGGGAGCAUUCCUGGGAAACAAAUGUUGGACAAAAUACAGCCAGAUUCAAAUGGCUUAUCCUAUGGAACCUUGCCUGAUGGAGGUGACUCAACAAGGGGCCAACGUGGAGAGAAGAAAGAAGCCUAGGUUGCCAAGAGGGAUGGCUGUUGGCCUGCUAUUCAACACCACCUUUUAAAGGAUUGCACAUGUUCAUUCUGUGUCAGCAGCUAUUUCACGCUGACAUGUGCAUGCAUUCGAUUCACUUCUCUCCCCCACUGUGGACAAUCAGGGCCUUCCUAAUCUCUAACAGUCUAAUGCUUUCAUGGAAUGUAACUGCGAGUGCUCCCCACACCCUGCAUCUCUCCCUAGCGAUCAUCUAGCUGUAUCUUAAUGAGAGCCUGGCUGCAGGAGCAAAAAUGUCACACAAAAAUGUGCACUCGAGAUCUGGCCAUAGAAGGCAGAGGUUGCUUCUCCAUGUGGCUUGCAGAAUCUGCUUGUUGGCUUCAAAAACACCCUCUCAUGCUACAACCUUAGUCUUUUAAAGGAAGAUUCGAUGUGCUUGUUCUCGGGCGCCUUCUAUAAACCUCUCUUAAGGAAAUCACACCUUUUUCCCUGUUGUAUGGCAAGUCACCAUCUCAGCCAAUUCUGUUAAAAUCUUCCUUUGAAAAUAAAAGGGCCUCAUUACAAAA